AUGGUAGAACUUUGGAGUUGGGCUCUUGGCAACGCUCCGUCAACCGUGGGAUACAGGUCCUUUUUCGAGCCCAGGUGGCUCCUUGGGUUCCGCUUCACGCGUGGCGGCCAGGAGAUGCUCCGCCAGGGAUACCAGCAGGCAUCCUGCCGGAGGAGAAGGCAAGCUCCCCCCAAGGCACUUUUCAAUAAGGGUCUCGGCAGCUAUACGGGUCUAAGCAUCAUUCUGGAGAGCCGGCUACACAUCCAGGUUAUACAACAAAGGUUGACACCGACCUUGGCCACGGUUAUGGGCGAAGUCAAAGACGAACUUGAGUAUGCAUUCCACAGCGGAGACCUCCCCGACUGUCUAGAUACAUGGGUCUCGGUUGAUAUACAUACAACCCUUGCUCGACUAAUUAGUCUCCUUUCUUCUCGUGUCUUUGGAGGGACUGAGCUUUCUCGUGAUGAAGAAUGGCUUUCGACUAGCACCCAAUAUCCAAAGAACGCAUUUGCUACUGCUAUGGCACUGCGCAUGGUACCCGUGGUUCUCCGCCCAUUUAUCGCUGUUUUGCUCCCUCAUUAUUGGCAUACGCAAUCUAACCUAGCCUCUGCAAAACGCAUCAUCGGGGCCAUUGUGAGGCGGCGCCGAACUGCCGGCGCCGAGCAUGAAGGCGCGUAUAAAAAACCUAACGACCUUCUCCAGUGGAUGAUGGAUGCAGCAGACGAAAGAGACGGCCGUCCAGAUAAGCUGGGUCACAGGCUGCUUUUCGUCAGCGACGCGUCAAUCAUGACCACAAGCCUCCUAAUCACUCACUGCAUCUACGAUCUCUGUGCACAUCCUCAAUACCUGGUGCCAUUGAGGGAAGAAAUCCUCGCCGUACUCCGAGAGGGGGGAGAUUUCCAGAAAACGAUGCUUCACAAGAUGCGCAAGUUAGAUAGUUGCUUGAAAGAGUCGCAGCGUCUGAAUCCACCGUUCUUGAUGACCUUCGACCGAAUCCUCCGCGAACCGAUUACUCUUUCUGAUGGAAAACGACUUCCGGUUGGAGCCCAUGUGGCAAUUGCAACGGAUGCAAUGCUGCACGAUGCUCACUACCUCCCCUCCGGUGGUGCUGACCCUGACUCCUUCGACCCAUUUAGAUAUGCGAGGGCCCGCGAAGACCCUGGCAAGCCUGAGAAUGCCCAGCGAUACCAAUUGGCGACUACUGAGGUGACCAGCCUACCUUUUGGCCACGGUAAACACGCUUGUCCUGGACGAUUCUUUGCGAGCAGUCAGGCAAAACUUGUCCUCUGUCACCUUCUUCUCAGAUACGAUUUCUGCCUUCCGGAAGGCAAGACACGCCCCAAAAAUUUGCUUUUUUUCGGAGAAUGUCGUACCAGACCCUAG